UGAAAAUAGUAGCUGAUGAUACACGUCCUAAUGAAACCAAUACUGUUAGUUUAUUUUAUUUUUGCAAAUCCUGGAUAUGGCUUAAGUUUAAGCACGUAUAACAUAUGGAACACUAUGUUCAACUGGCCAGUCAGAAAACUGAGGAUACUAGAAAUGAUCGGCACAACUGGGUCAGAUGUGAUUGCUUUGCAAGAAGUUAGAAGUAGCAAAGACCCAAAGGUGGCAAAUCAGAUAGUAGAAAUAAAGGCAGGAUUACCAUCAUACUUCAAGUGGCAUGUCUUCAAAGUUGCAAACAAUGUAUCAUUCAUUGACCAGACCAUCGACACAGAUUAUCCAGGAGAAGGUAUUGGUAUCAUCAGUCGCUUGCCAGUUGUUGACAGCUCUGUUCAGUAUUUGCUACCACAUCCAAGAGAUCCUGACAAAAACAAACGUGUCAUUGUACAUGCCAGAGUGAAAGAUAGAGACGAAACUUUGUAUGAUAUCCUUGUAGUACACUUGUCCUAUUAUAGACAACAGCAGUGUAGAAACAUAGCAGACAUCACAACAUUUAUAACAAAGAGAAGACUUCACAAUGUUAUUAUACUUGGUGAUUUUAAUACAUACAAUGACUACAACUGGCCCAUAGAGAUAUUUCUUCGUGGCAGAGUGACAAAAGACAAUCCGUGCUGGAAAGUUAGGAAAGAUGCCGACUUGUCCGGACUUCACUUCAAAGAUGCGUGGCUAGUUGUUCAUCCUAAAGAGGAUGGUCUAAGUUUUAGUAAUAUGCCUUCACCUGGAUUUGAAAGCAGACCAGAUAGAAUUCUGAUGGAGUCCAAACUACAUGUGAAAUCUGUCAAACUAAUUGGAAAUGGUGAUCGGUAUAAACAAAGAUAUAAGGCAGCUAUUCAUUGGUCAAGAUUCACCAAUAUUAUCCAAUCAGCUUAUUUGUCAUAUAAAGGAGUGACAGGAUAUCCCUGCAAGCAUGAUUGUGGACCCCGUGGAUCUUGUCAAUGUGGGGUUUGUGUUGCAAUAGGAAACAAGCAGGAUUGUCUUCUACCUAACUGUGAUACAUGUAAUAACAGUACAUUCAAAAGUCUAGUCGCACAUUCUAUUUUAUUUGUUAUGGUUAUGUUCCAUUUGUUUUAUGCCAUAGUUUUAAUAUUAACAAUAGGUGCUAAUUCUUAUGGGGAUACAUUGUAUUCCAUUCUUGGUUUUAAAUGUUGUUUAUUUAAUCCUAAAUUAUGCAAAUUUAGAGGAACAAGUUUUCGACGAAAACAAAAGUUUAUAAAAGUUAGUCAGGUGUGGCCAGUGUUUUGGUUACCACCAUAUGUACAGUUCUUUGGAAGUUUAAUAGUAUUACUUUUUCUAUGCAUGUAUACAAAAACUGUAUUUAGAACAGUAUUAGAUUUAACAUACACUGUUUUAGAUGAAGAAUUGUUCCCUUCAGAUCAUUUGAUGGUUGUUGCACAUGUUAUUACAUAAAACACACUAUGAUGUAUUCUUAUUAGAUUUUAUUUUGCUGUAUUGCUGUUGAAUUACAGAUAAAAAAGUCAUGUUAAGCUGUUGAAAAUUGACAGGAGAUUCUUGUUAAACUUUUCCUAUCAUUUGAAUGUGGAAUAUGCAAAUCUGUUCUUGUUAAUUCUUCCUGUUGCAUGGCAGUAGUAUCUAUGGUAAUGCUUUAUAAAUGUGCUGACCUAUGAAUAUAAAGGGCGUCUGUUGACAGAUCAUUGUUCUUAUGUGAAAUACAAAGACUAUCUUGUACAAAACUGAUGGAGUAGGUUUGAAGAUUCUACUGAAGAGCAAGUUAGGUUAUGAAUUUCAUCCACAUUCUAAACUUAUCAACUAUUACAAAAGCAAAUUUGAGAAUCCUCUCAUAUAUUACAUUAUUAAGACAGACUAAUGCAUAUCUAUGUACUGUAUAACUCUAUUUUUAGCUCGACUAUUCGAAGAAUAGGGGAGCUAUCCUACUCGCCCCGGCGUGAGCGUUAGCAUUAGCGUGAGCGUCACACAAAUGUUAAAGUUUGUGUACCACCCCAAAUAUUUUCAAAGUCCAUUGAGAUAUUGCUUUCAUAUUUUGCAUACUUGUAUACCAUCAUGACCCCAGUCUGUAAAAAGGAGGAGGCAACUCUAUCAAGCAUUUUGACUGAAUUAUGGCACCUUUUCGACUUAGAAUAAAUGUUAAAGUUUGUGUACCACCCCAAAUAUUUUCAAAGUCCAUUGAGAUAUUGCUUUCAUAUUUUGCAUACUUGUAUACCAUCAUGACCCCAGUCUGUAAAAAGGAGGAGGCAACCCUAUCCUGCAUUUUGACUGAAUUAUGGCACCUUUUCGAUAAGAAUAUGCUUAUUGUAAUGUUAAAGUUUUACUCAUAGCUUAUAUUAUACUAUCAAGCACUGAGAAUAGUCGAGCGUGCUGUCAGCUCUUGUUUGUUGCUUAGAGUGUAUUGCAUAUACUGAUUGAAAAAACAUUGUAUCCUAGUUUAUUACUGAAGAUGAGCAAAUAUGGCACAAUUAAAAGAAUUGUUGAAUACUGACAAAGAACAAAUAGCAUGUUGCAUUUUUAGCUCGACUAUUUGAGCUAUUCUACUCACCCUGGCUUCGGCGUUGGCAUCACACCUUGUUUAAAGUUUUACAUGCAGGAACAUAUGGCUAUCAUUUAAAGGCUUAUAGCUUUGAAACUUAUUUUUUCUUUUUCUAGGUCAGUUACCAACUUCACUGGUCCAGUUUCAUAACUCUGACAUGUAUUAUGACCAAAUUAUGCCCCCUUUUGGACUAAGAAAAUCCUGGUUAAAGUUUUACAUACAAGUUACUAUCUGCAAAACUAAUGCAGAUAUUGAAUUAAAAUGUCACAUUUGUCUUAAGGGUUAUGAAAGUAAUUGAUAGCAUGAAGACCCAUAACUCUGACAUGAUUUUGGCCAAAUUAUACCCCCUUUUGGGCUUAAAAUAUCCUGGUUAAGAUUUUGCAUGCAAAUACAUGUAGCUAUUACUUUAAGGCAUAUGGCUUUGAAACCUAAUUACCAACCUCACUGGGUCAAACUCCAUAACUCUGACAUAUAUUUUGGGCAAAUUAUGCCCCCUUUUGGAUUUAGAAAAUCCUGGUUUGUCUAUCUCCAAACCAAAUGCAGAUAUUGAAUUGAAACUUCACAUAUGUCUACGGGCUUAUAAAACAAGGUGGUAGCAUCAAGUCCCAUAACUCUGACAUGAAUUUUGGCCAAAUUAUGUCCCCUUUUGAACUUUAAACUGCUUGUUAAAGUUUUGCAUGCAAGUUACUAUCUCCAAAACUAAUGCAGAUAAUGGGUUGAAACUCUAUAGAUAUUUUAACGUUCAGGGUAAUAUUCCUGCUUCUGGGACAACAAUUCGAAUAUUCGAGCAUUGGCUGUUUUACGGACAGCUCUUAAUAUGUUCAUAUUGGCUGCUUUUCAACUUUCAGUUCUAUAUUAAAGGCUUUGAUUUUAUUUCAUGGUCAUAACAGAUAAAGCAGCUGUCUAAAUAUAGAAUAUGCAUAAAUAAAUGAAAAGAGAAAUGUUUUUACAAUGUUACACAAGAACUGUUAGUCGCAGUCAUAAAGGGAGGUAAUCAAAAAGAAUUAUUGCAUUGAUAUUUUCAACUGUGUUUGGCAAAUAUUCAGUCUGAUGACUAAUGUAGGAAACUGAUGACCAAUGUAGGAAACUGAUGACAAAUGUAGGAAACUGAUGACCAAUGUAGGAAACUGAUGACAAAUGUAGGAAACUGAUGACCAAUGUAGGAAACUGAUGACCAAUGUAGGAAACUGAUGACCAAUGUAGGAAACUGAUGACCAAUGUAGGAAACUGAUGACAAAAGUAGGAAACUGAUGACCAAUGUAGGAAACUGAUGACAAAAGUAGGAAACUGAUGACCAAUGUAGGAAACUGAUGACAAAUGUAGGAAGCUGAUGAAAAAUGUAGGAAAAGUCAUUAUCGAAAAUUUAUUUCACAAGAAAUUAAUAUAUUUCAUCUUCAUAAGAAAAAUUGCUGCAGCCACAUUGUGAAAUGUCAUUAUUGCUCCUCAGAAAUGAGAGUAUAUAUAUAGUGUACUUAAAUCAAAAGGAAACAGUUUAUAUAGAUGUUUAUGGAACAACACUUGUUUUACAGUAUUAGAUGUUAGGAUAAUUUUGUCUGUUUAUAUAUAUUGUACCCCCCGACAACAAAGUUGUAAGGGGGGUAUACUGGUUUCAGGCAGUCUGUCUGUCUGUCUGUCUGUCUGUCUGUCCGUCUGUCCGUAGACGCAAUCUUGUGCGCACCAUCUCUCCUUAUCCCCUUGACAGAAUUUAAUGAAACUUCACACAAGUGAUCAGUACCAACAGUAGUUGUGCAUGGGGCAUGUUAGGUUCUUUUAGAAAAAAAAUUUGCAGAGUUAUGGGACUUUGUUUUUUUUUGUUACUAUACCAUAUACAUAGACACAAUCUUGUGCGCACCAUCUCUCCUCAUCCCCUUGACACAAUUUAAUGAAACUUCACACAAGUGAUCAGUACCAACAGCAGUUGUGCAUGGGGCAUGUUAGGUUCUUUUAGAAAAAAAAAUUUGCAGAGUUAUGGGACUUUGUUUUUUUUGUUACUAUACUAUAUACAUAGACACAAUCUUGUGCGCACCAUCUCUCCUCAUCCCCUUGACACAAUUUAAUGAAACUUCACACAAGUGAUCAGUACCAACAGUAGUUGUGCAUGGGGCAUGUUAG